AGAGUGUAAACACCAGAAGCGCAUGGUGGGUGGGGGAAGGCUGGGGUCUGAGAAGACCGUUUCCCUGAUGGACGGGGACAGGUAGGCAGAAGGGGCUGACAGGGGCACGUUCCCUUCCUCCUCCUUCAAAUGCAGGACAGAACAUCUGCAGGACUGUCUAGGAGAACUGAAGAAAGAGGAAUUCCGCUGCCCCCAAGUCCAAGCGAAAAGCUUGAGAAAAAGCAAAGGAGCUACUGAGAGACUAGAUUACCGUCACAUAUCCAAUCAAUACAGACUUUUCAGGUUAUCAUUCAGGAUCAACGUAAGGAGCCGCUCCGGAAUUAAGGAGGAGAGUAAGUUCUCAGCAGUCAAAACGUGUAUUUAACUAGUUCCCGGUGAGCUGGUUGCUUUUCCUUUUUGAAAAUGUGAGAGCACAAAAAAGAUACAGCUGAUGACAAAGCCCUGUUUCCCCCGGAGUUCACCCAUUGAUGUCUGUAUUCCCUCAGCCUUUAGGAAGGUAGAACAUUCUAGACUUCCUGGGAGCAACGCGAUCUCCCUUUCCCCAGGAUGGGUUCUUUUUCACCAGAAGCUGCAACAGAGGCUGAGUCUUGGCUGAUCAGAGCUGCUGCUCCCUGGGGCACAUGACAGAAACUCACUACAGGUUCUCAGGAAGAAAAAAAAGAAACACUUCAACUUGCCCUCAGUUUACCGAGUUGCAAAUAGGGAACAUGUGUCUGAGCAUCAGGGGAGGGAGGUUAGCACAGACAGUCUCUGCCGUCCCCUGCUUCGAGCUGACCCCCCGCAGCUCUGUAUGGAGGAGACACGCCAGGCCAUCCCAAACAUGCCUCCCCUGGCUUCCAGUCCAGAGCUUCUCCAGUGAGGGGAAAUGGGAGGGUGCUGGCAACUACUGAGUGCCUCCUGUGCGCCAGUCACGCUGGAGAUUUGACUCACAACAGCCAUUCCAGGAGGCAGAUUUUGUUCCCAUGACAUAGAUGGAAGAACGGAGGCUAAGAGAGGUUAAGAAGCUCACCAGGAAGGAAGGGUGUCUGGGUUUGAAUAAAGGGCCACCUGUGUCUAGAAUGAGCGAGCAGAGGUGGUUCCCCGGCCGAGCUGAGCAGCACCAGGAGAAGCUGGGAGCAGAGCCCGAGGGAAGAGGCGGUCACUGCCAAUCCAUCACCUCGCGGCCGCGAACCACAGACGGGAUGACAACGGUCCAAGUGGGCAGGGGAGGGGACGGGGGAGGCAGACACAGGCCAGACACCCGGCAGACUCACGGGGUCGUUCCUCCGAGGCCAGGAGGCCAGCCAGGAAAACAGUCCACACACCCCCGCUCUGGAGAGCUGGGCCCCAAGGCCCCAGGGAUGAAAGGAAUAAUGAUUAGAACCACAGGCUUCCAGGGCCAAUGGCCCACACGUCGAGGUACUGUCGUCUGCUUCUGCCCGGGGCCAGAGCUCUCCCUGCGGUCAGCAGACGGAGGGAGCUUGUUCUGCAGACACUGCGCCAGGGGGGUUGAAACCAUCAGCACGUCUGACCGACUCCUCCCUACAGCUUUACGGGCCAGGUGCGGCAGUUCACAGAUGCGGAAACAAAGGCAUAAAGAAGUCAGCAGGCUGUCCAAGGCCACAGAGCGAGCAGGAGGCAAAGCCAGCACGCCAGCCCUGGCGUUGGCUCGGGACCACGACAGCACGAAGCUUCUCUCCAAGGUCACCCAGCACAGAGGACCCAAGUCUGUCUUGUAUCCAAAGCCUGCAGGGACAGACGGCCAGCUUGCUACUUCCGGGGGCACACCUUCUGCCUCUGGACGCCCCGACAUGCACCCGGAGCUUCCUUGCUCUGCACUGAGGAUUCAUCUGCUCUCUGACUUCUGCCCGUCGGGCCCGAAUGCUUGGGCCCACUUAUGGCUGGCUCUGAACAGGACACUGGGGAACCUGGGGAGGGCAGAUGUCAAGACUCUGCCCUUGAGUGUACCCUCUGCUGGUGCCAAAUCCAGAACAGCCCCACUGUCUCUCACAAAAGUGGGUUAGAUGUUUUCAGACGGUCAGCGUCCUCCUCUCUCCGAUCGUCUCCAGCUGAGCAUCCCUUUUUCCCAGCAGCUCCCUCACCCAGGAGAGGAAGAUCGGAAGCAGUAACACCCCAACCUAUGAGCACACACACCGUACACUCACAGGUCCCGGGGCACAGCUGAGGAGUGCUUCUGCUGACAGAGGCCAGUGGUUGGCCUCCUUUGUGACACCCAUCAGUGCAGUUUAUGCCCAUUUUUCAGAUGAGACAACUGAGUCUAAGAGCGCUUAGAUGACCUGCUCCACACACACCUCUAGUUAACGGUAGAAGCAGGAUUCAGACCCAGUAUGACCCCAGCAUUUCCACACUUGACACCACAACUCGACAUAAACAUACGGGGUGGGGAAGAACACACGUUAACACUUAAACUGUGGCUACUUCUGGGAGGGCAGGACUUGAAGUGGUUUUUACCUCCUUUUUGCUUUUCUGUAUUUUCACGUGGGCCUUAAAAAUACGAAGGUGAUUCACUAGUACAGUAUUUGCAGGUUAUCAAUAUUAUACUUUACUAGAAGGAGGCCUGAGCCUUGCCCUGGUACCCUCGAUGCUUAGGCAGCUGGAGGCUUUAGGGGCAGGGGGUGGCACAGUCACCAGGGACGGGCAGGGGGGCAAAGGGCUGUUUCCAGGGGUGACCUGGAGUCCCAGAGGAUGGCAGGGACCUCGUGGGGCUCAUAUGCACGUCUGGACUCAAGACACCCUGCCACAAGGAGCAAACGUGUAAACAUACAGACGAGGCAGCCCCGCCCGGUUGGAGUCACAGGCCAGACAUGGGGGAUGCCGGGAGCAAAGGCAGAGACAGACACGGAGAAGUGAGGGCUUGUCAUGGGUGAUCAGUCCACAGAGGAAACUGGUUGGUGAGGGGCGCUAGGUGUGGGGGUCAGGACGCACGUGGGGUCUGAGAAGACCCCGGGCUUGGUGCAUCUGGGCUGAGAGCUCAGAAGGGAGCAAGCAGCCACAGGAAGAGCAGAGGGCCAGAAGGUCCCAGCGAGGGCAGAGCCCCGGGGAGGAAGCCGCUCGGUAGGCCCAAGGGUGAUGGGCAGGGGAGUGGGAGGGCAGUACCAAGCCCUGUAGCAAAGUCCAGGGAGGGGAGAGGGCAGAGGUGGAUCAGGGGACAUCUCCUAACCCCAGGUAGAAUCUUUCAGGGCAAUGAGGAAAUGACUCUGCCCGGGAUACAGAGCAGGGCAAGAAGGGGGCCAUCCCGGCCAGGGAGAAAGAGUUUAUCACGGUGACCUUGGAAGUGCGACCCCUGCCAGGAGGGUGUGAUUCCAGCUGUCCGUAUUCCUUGGACCUCCUUCCUCCUGGGGACUGUCCCGUGGGCUAAGCACCAGUAGGUGUCAGCAGAGACUGCGAAGACCUCCUGGAGGCCGGGCAGGGAGGAGCCUGGGCCGGCUGGAAGUUGGGAGGGUGGCAGAGCCUUCGGCCAGCACCCAGGUGCUCAGCCCCGCAGUGACCGUUAGCACCUGGCGUCUGAGAAGCACCUGAACGCAAACCUCCUUCACGCCGCAUCUGACGAGCGCCUGCCACGCACCUGGCACUAAGUCAGGCCAGGGCUCGUGGUAAGGGGCCUUCGGCGCUCAGGGAGCUGACGUCUCAAGCAGACAGGGUGGAAACUGGUCAAGCCAGGCACUGAUGUCUCCAAGAACCGUGUGAUCUCAACCCCUGGAAGGGGCAGAGGCCAGUGAGGGGUGCAAACAGCAGGGUCGGAGCUGGCUGGAGGGCCAGCGUGUCUCCACUGAAGUCUGAGGUGGAGCCAGGCAGGGUCACCCCAGGAGACAGCGGCAGCAACUUCAGAUUCUCCCAACCAUUGCAUCAGAACCCGUCAUCGGGAGUCCGUGACCUUUCCCUCUACAGAGCCGGAGAGUAAACGCUUCGGACUCCAUGGGCCACGCGGUCGCUGCCACAGCCACUCUGCCUGUGGUUGUGUGAACAGAGCCACCGACAAUAUGUAAACAAGCCGACAUGAAUGACAUCCUGCAAUAAAACUCAGUGUGUAAAACGUGGUGCCUGAGCGGAUCUGGCCUGCGGGCUGGCGUUGGCCAGCCCCUGCACUAGGUCAAGGACAGGCUUGCCUUCCUGCAUAGGCUAGCUCUCUUUACAGAAUCCAAAGUGCGUGAACUUUGAGACUCUACCUGAUUCCCUCCUGGGAUGAGGAGCUCACAUGCAGUCGUUAUGUCUCAGAACUUCAGUUUUUUACUUUUUUCAAAUAUAGAUUUGUCAUAAAAAUAGUUUAUCAGUUGCACCUGACUCUCUGAUCCCAUGAACUGCAGCAUACCAGGCUUCCCUGUCUUUCACUAUCUCUCGGAGUUUGUUCCAAUUCAUGUCCAUUGAGUCAGUGAUGCUAUCUACCAUCUCAUCCUCUUUCGCCUCCAAUCUUUCCCAGCAUCAUGGUAUUAAGUAUGAUAAUAAACAAUGCAAUAAAAACAA